CUUGCCCUCCUACCACUCACUGCGCCGACACUGGUUUUCACCUUCUAUUGCUUGACAGCCUUCCGUCCACCUUCCCUACAUGUCUCUGCCUUCGCUUAUGUUCGGCCGACUUGGCGCACGUAAUCUGAGGAGACACUGCACCGCCGUGCCUGCUAAUGUGCGACGGGCACGGUUCGCCUCCACCUACAACGCAGACGUUGCUGGGCUGACCGCCGAAGAAGCGGAGUUUCGUGACGCAGUGACAGAGUUCGCACAACGCGAGAUCGCACCUCGAGCGCAGGAGAUCGACCACACCAACACCUUCCCCACCGACGUGUGGGAGAAGAUGGGCGACAUGGGCCUCCUAGGCGUCACCGUCGGAUCCAAGUACGGCGGGCUGCAGUCGGGCUACUUCCAGCACACGCUCGCCAUGGAGGCGCUCUCUGCCGCCUCCGGCUCCGUCGCGCUCUCGUACGGCGCCCACUCGAACCUGUGCGUCAAUCAGAUUCACAGGCACGGCACAGACGCGCAGAAGGAAAAGUACCUUCCCGACCUCGUCAGCGGAAAGAAGGUCGGUGCUCUCGCCAUGAGCGAACCAGGCAGCGGGAGCGACGUUGUGAGUAUGAAACUCAAAGCGGACAAGAUCGAUGGCGGUUGGCGCCUGAACGGGAACAAAUUUUGGAUCACCAACGGACCUACUGCUUCAACCCUCGUGGUGUACGCCAAAACUGCGCCCGAGAAGGGCUCCAAGGGGAUUACCGCGUUCAUAAUCGAGAAGUCAUUCAAAGGCUUUUCGACUCAUCAAAAGCUGGACAAGUUUGGCAUGCGGGGAAGUGACACAUGCGAGCUCGUGUUCGAGGACUGCGAGGUACCUGAGGAAAAUGUACUUGGCAAGCUCAACAAAGGCGCCGGUGUGCUGAUGUCGGGCCUUGACCUUGAGCGACUGGUCCUGAGUGGCGGACCUCUCGGCCUGAUGCAAUCGGCGUUCGAUUACGCUGUCGAAUACGUACAUGACCGCAAACAGUUCGGCCAACCGGUCGGAACUUUCCAGCUCAUCCAAGCCAAAAUCGCGGACAUGUACACGAAGCUGAACGCGAGCAGAGCGUACGUGUACGCCGUCGCAAAGGCAUGUGACAGGGGUCAGAUCAGUCGAAGGGAUUGCGCGGGUGCGAUCUUGUAUUCGACCGAGAAGGCCAUCGAAGUUGCUAUGGAUGCUCAGCAGUGUCUUGGUGGGAAUGGGUAUAUUAACGAAUACCCUGUGGGCAGAAUUCUACGGGAUUCGCGAUUGUAUGCCGUUGGAGCGGGGACACAGGAAAUCCGACGGAUGCUCAUCGGGAGGGAGUUCAACGAAGCGUUCAAGGCAUAAGGAUGAGUCAGGAGCGGCGAGCAAGGACGGCCUAGGCUGGAGGGCGCGUGUGGGGCAAAGUGGAAGCUGAGAUUAGCCGGAGUCCCGGAGGACGGAAGCCGGUGCCGAAGAGAGACGCUCGUAGGCUUCUAUAAUAAAAUACAAGGAGUUGAAGCGUGUAUAGCCAUUACAAGCAUC